GCAUCCAUGAUGCUAAUAUCAUUAUGAUUUAUCAUUACAGUUCAUUUAGGAAAAUAUAAUGUGUGAGGGCGAUCAACAGAGUGAGGGAAGCAGAUGUUCCGCUGGUUUAUUGAUGUGGUUUGGGUCAGUAAACUAAUCACAGUUUUUUGGAAGGGACUUCGUACGUCGAUCGUUGUACAAACAAACUCUGUGUAUGUGUGUGGGAACGGAAUAUAAGUUCCUUGCGACCCGAUUCGGUGAUGUAAAAUAUGCGGAAGUCUGACUAGGAAAACGAGGCCAAGGGUGAAGGGUCAUGAUCGUCGAAGUGACGGAAGCGUGAUGGAAAUAUCGUCUGCGCUGCUAGCAAGCAAAAAUCCGACAGAAGGUCGCUGUAACUUAUGACUUCACGCAUUUUCUUGUAUCAGCGCAUCCAUAGUUUCCACCUCAUGAGGCUCUGUGGGAUUACAACCGGAGGAACCACAAAUCAGGCUUAUUGAAACAGCUGCACUCUCACGUGGUUUCUCCGACACAGAGGAUGCUUACGAAAAAACGUUUUCAAUUUCGUCUUGCGACAGCUUUGCUGCUGAUGGUAGCUGUCAUAUUCACCUUUAAUCGCUCUUUCCCGGGAUGGGAGGUUCAGUCCCUGCAAUACCCAGAAUGCACUGCAACAUCACAAAUGAGGGAACAGCGCAACUCUUUGUCCAGAACACAGAACGAGUUAAAGAGACAGCUGGGACAGUUAGAGUGCAACAUGGCGAAACUACAGAACAAAACAGGAGAGGUGGCCAGCAGCGGUGGAUGGUGCGAAGAAGAAAGUGACCCCCAGAAAAGCAAAGCUCACGCGUUCGACUUCAGUUUGGCCUCGUCUCUCGGUCACUUCCUGUCCGGUCAGCGAGUGGCGAGCUUUGGUGACGGACCCGGACAGUACAAGGAGCAUCUCCUCAAACAGGGGCUGGUCGCCUCCUACGACGCCUACGACGGGGCCCCUUUCUGCGAAACCGUCACAUCCGGGGAAGUCAAGUUCAUGGACCUGACCAUCCCACAAUAUGGACUUCCGGUGUACGACUGGGUGAUAUGUCUGGAGGUGGCGGAGCACGUGCCUGCACGAUACGAGCUCGUGUUGGUCGACAACAUCGCGCGACACGCGCGGAAGGGCAUCGUCCUGAGCUGGGGUCAUCCGGGUCAACCGGGAUUUCAUCACGUGAACAACAAGAGCCCUGAAGACGUGAAGCGCCUGCUGGACGAGGCUGGAUUCGCUCUGAAUGACAGCAGCAGUUCCUUGCUAAGACAAAACUCUACAUUCUUUUGGAUCGUACAGAACAUUUUUGUAUUUGAAAGAAAACCGGAGGUUAUAUUAAGGGAGGAUGAUGCAUAGAGAGGUUUAGUUGUCACAUGGUAGGCGUAGGUGAUCUCUCGGUAAACAAAAUAACCUUUCCUUACCUGCCUCUUCCACCGACUCUAGCCUUGCAUGACUUUGUACAUCUCACCUGGCUGACCCAGUAAUACCCUCACUAACAAGACAGUUAUCGUUUUUAUUCUCUUUUUAUUGUCUGUUGACGUCACGAAGUCCUAACCCCUCAACACGUGAUAGCGAGGAAGACAGUAAACAGUUAAAUUUUAUAAUUUAACACAGUAUUUUAAUUGGUAUGUAGGACCAUGUGAAGUCUUCAUUUAUCUUUUGGAGAGUUUAGCAUUGUGUUGACCAUUUAAAAUUCUUCGGCGUGUGCGCGCGUGCAUGCGCGUGUGGGUGUAUGUUACGGUAGGUGUUGUGCGGUGGUGUAUUUAAUUUUAUUCUCUCUUCGCUUGCUUAGUUCUGUGAUCUGUAGUCACUUUAUGAAUUUAUGCUCUAGUUCUCUGUGCAUGUUUUUUGUGACUUACUAUUUAUGAAGGUUUCUGAGUGGACACGAAUAAAAUCGUUUGCAUUGA